GUGGUUUUUGUAAAAUUAUCAAUAAUUACGUCCUACAUUGAUAAUCUGAUGUAGUUUUUACUCAUUUAAUACUAUUAAAAUUUAUUUCAAACACAUUACAUCGAAGAAAGAACAAAAUGCAAGAAAUACUACCCCUACUAUCAAAUAGCUGCGUAACUUAAGAGCUUUUUGUUUAUCAGCGUGAAACAUUCCAAUUGAAAUGUUUUUGUCGAAGACUAUAAUCAUGGACCUGUUACAUGGAAGAAGGUGGUUUUUAAUCCUAAUUAUAGCUUUCAGUCAAAAAAUCCAGAAAAUAAAUAGUCUCAAGUGCUACUGUAAUGUUGAAAGUUCAAGCUGUCCAAACUCAACAUGUGAAACUGAUGGAUUUUGUUAUGCAUCCACCAUGAUUGAACAUGGAAUUCAAAAGUAUACCUACCAAGAGGUGGCCUUAAACUGUUUGAAAGGCAAAGCCUUCCCACCUGUCUAUCCAAUGAUAUGCAGAGGUUCAAGAAAUUAUUGCUGUACAAAAGAUUUCUGCAAUUCUGAUGAGAUUUACCGAGAAAAAUUUUCAAAACUACUCCAUGAUUCAACGGCAACAGAGACAACAGCAACAGCAUGGCAAGUAAUACCUUGGAUAAUGGGUCUUACGGUGCUUGGAAUAUGUGGAGCAAUCAGCGUUUGGUUGAUCAAGAGACCUGCUCGGAAGGGCCAUUCGCUGCCCCCAUACACUGCCGAAGAUUCCUAUUGUGAUCCCCGUCAUCCAAUGAUCAAAACAACCAUUCGUGAUAUGAUUGAACUAACGACGUCUGGAUCCGGAUCAGGCCUACCGCUACUAGUUCAGCGCUCGAUCGCAAGGCAGAUUCAAUUGAUGGAUAUAAUCGGUAAAGGUCGGUUUGGUGAGGUCUGGCGCGGCCGAUGGCGUGGGGAAAACGUUGCUGUUAAGAUUUUCUCUUCACGCGAAGAAUGCUCUUGGUUUCGCGAAGCAGAAAUUUACCAGACGGUUAUGUUGCGUCACGAGAACAUUCUCGGAUUCAUAGCAGCUGAUAAUAAAGACAAUGGUACUUGGACUCAACUGUGGUUGAUAACUGACUAUCAUGAGAAUGGCUCUCUGUUUGACUUUCUAACUUUGCGGACUAUUGACUCCAACACACUAGUAACUAUGGCUCUAUCUGUUGCAACUGGCCUAGCACAUCUACACAUGGACAUUGUUGGAACUAAAGGCAAGCCAGCGAUCGCUCAUCGUGAUUUGAAAUCGAAAAAUAUUUUAGUGAAAAGUAAUUUAUCUUGCGUAAUCGGAGAUUUGGGGUUGGCCGUGCGGCAUAAUGUGGCCAGUGAUUCGGUGGAUGUCCCAUCGACUAAUCGGGUCGGCACUAAGCGCUACAUGGCGCCUGAGGUCUUGGACGAGAGUAUGGACGCUCGUCAAUUUGAUCCUUACAAGCGCUCGGACGUGUAUUCUUUCGGUUUGGUUGUAUGGGAAAUGGCGCGUCGAUGUGGCAGUAUGCCUGAAGAAUAUCAACCACCAUAUUAUGACUGUGUUUCACCCGAUCCAGCUUUGGAAGAUAUGAGACGAGUGGUCUGCAUUGAAAAGAGACGGCCAAGUGUGCCUAAUCGAUGGCACUCGGAUCCGGUCUUGUGCGCAAUAUCUAAAGUCAUGAAAGAGUGUUGGUACCAAAAUCCAGCUGCUCGAUUGACAGCACUCAGAAUAAAGAAAACAUUAGCAAACAUCGGUACGGCUGACCAUAUCAAACUGUAGACAUUAUGUCGGGAAUAUAAUUUUUAUUCGAGUCCAACUUUCUAACCGUCCGAUCACAUUUGUAAGUCAGCUCUCAAUCGAAUAUAUUGUAAUCGGAUCGAAACAAUAUUAUAUUUCCCAAAAAUAGGACCUUCAAUAAUACUGACCAUUGUGUAAGUUAGAUUAGGUGUAUCUAAGCAAUAUAUAAUUAGUGGCUUUUAUUCAAUAUAGAAUGAUAUGUGAUUUCUAUGUUAUUUAUCUUAUCCAUAGUGGGUAGCUUAUCACACUGUUAUGUACAAAAAAUAUUGAAAUCGUUUUCGGCGCUAUACGCAAAACGUAAUUUUUAGAUUUGAUAGAUUCUAUCAGCUUUAUAUUCUGUAAAUAAGUAAUAGGUGCUUCUGUUGAUAUUAGGUGUACAACUUUUAAUAUUGUUAAUUGAUGGUUGACAUGUAUUAUUGGAGGUGACUUUAAGGAACAAUUUAGCUUCGAAGUCCACACUCUCAUGAAUAUGUAGAUAAAGCUGCUAUUAGACAAAAUAUAUACUCACAGUUAGACUUAUUCUUACUGACAGGGUAAAAUAUUGUAAAAAAGUUCAAAAUAAGUAAACAGGAGUUGUGAUACUUGAUAGAAAUUCUUAGUGUUUUGACCACUUUUAGAUUGACAUUAAGUAUAUAUGAGAGAGUGGAUUUCGAAGCUGACAAGCUCGAAUGGUCCGCCUCGUCAUCACUCCUUAUCCUACCUCUUAGAUUAUAAUCGAAUAAUAUCACGAGCCCGUUUCAUUAGCUUCGCUUAAUGUUCUAGCAUUUUCCAAUAAUAAUUUUCCAGUUUUUAUAUAUAGAAAAGGGGGGCGAACGGCUCACCUUAUGUGAGUACCGAGGCCCAUGGACAACAAUUCCAGAAGGCUUAUGAAUGCGUUCACAGUUUUAAGAAUAAACAGAAAAUAAAUUUAGUUUGACAAUGUCGCUUAAAUUUUUCUUUAUAUUUCGCAGUUAAGUAGUUAAAUCAGAGAGUUAAUUGAAUCUCUAGACAGUUAAUUAAAAAACAAUAUUCGAUCUAGUCGCUAAAGUUCCGUCAGAUAAUUGAGUGAACGAAACGUUUAACGAGUUUCCUAAACGUUCCUAGGCAACAAGACUAACAUAAUCUAACCAUUUACAAUAAAACAUGGAAUUUUCAAACUCUCAGUUCUUCGUCAUCACACCAAAAUAACAAUAACAAAUAAAAUAAUCAUAGCGGAGUCCUGUUUGACCAUCUUGUUUUACAUUCUUAAUCAACACGCUGGCUUUCAGUCAGACAGAUAGUUAAACGUUUUGGACGCUGCUUUAUUUAUAUCAAAAUGCCAACUACUUGAUUGAAUAUCGACAUUUAAUUAACUGUCUAGAGAUUCAAUUAACUCUCUGAUUUAACUACUUUACUGCGACAUGUACAAAGCUGCAAUAGAAAUGGGUGUAAAUUAUGUUUGAAGAAGAAAUUUAAAAUAAUUGCAUUUUUUAUUGUUUCUUCUGAUUAUGACUUAGAAGAGUUAACAUAAAACGGGCUUAAGAAGGAGCAUUUAUUAUAUUAACAUGUUGUGUAAUGAACUUUACGUUAUAGUGAUAUUUUUUUGUUACCAUGGGUAGUUUUUGAUUCCAAUUAUUCAUAAUACUACAAUUAAGUUUCGUACAAAAUAACAUAUGUUUUCGCAUUCAUUUAUCAAUAUACCUAUAUGGUUAUUAAGGGUUUGCUGUACAAUAAAGCAUCCGCAAGCGAACAGCAGUUCCGAUACUAGCAAUUAUUAGUCUUAUUAGGUUUAGAAUGAUGCGUCGCUUUAUAUCGUUAACACCGCAGAUGCGAAAAUUUGAUAGCAAUAUUGGCAUUCAAGCAAGCCUUUUUUCCCAAGUCUUUUAUCUAUGUUUUGAUUAAAAAUUAGGUGUAGGACUUAGUAAAAAGAGUUCUCGUACCUUUUUUAUUGUUAAUUAGUGAUCUAAUUAAUAUUAAUUAUAAUCCGCUUCAUGAGAUAAUUCAAAUUCUAUUGAUAAUCACGUAAUCAGUGAUGGAGGUAAAGUGGAGAUUAUAUUUAUCUAUUUGUUUAUAUAAAAAACAAGUCAAUAUAUAUAAAAUUUUAAAAUUAAUUUUAUUAAUCUUUUCCCAACUGUUUCAUGCAUCAAAAAGUUAAAGGUUUCAAUUAAAAUUAUUAAAAAGAAUAACAUAAUAUAAUCUCCUAUUUGCUAGGUUUAUAUUUGAAAUACAUAUUUAUCAUAACGUUAUGGCGUGUUAAAUUAAUAAAGACUUAAAAUUAAUUGGUAAGUCAUAUCUUUACCUUAUUUUUUGUGUAAUUGUCACAUAUAGGAUUAAAAUUUGCAAUUUUGUAAUAAGAAUAUAUUAAGUAAAUAGUUUUAAACAUAAUUUUAUUAGGUUUCAUACGUUGUUAUCGAACCAUGCAAGGAAAAGUUCGAUAUACAUUAAUCAUACAUUUUUUUUAUUUACAUUGGCCUUCUUUCACUGCCAUCUCUCGUAUAAGUAUAUAUUAAUAAAUAUUUUCCCAGCGUAAAGGUGAAGGGUAUUCAGGAUAUCCUUGAGAGAUAAAAUAUGUAACAACGUAGUAAGUGAGCCGAAUGCAGGUAAACAGGAAUAUUUUAAUGCAUCUCCAUUGCGCGUUAUCUUGUUUAUUCUAGAUCAGUGAUUUGUUUUUUUUUUCAUUUGUAAAUAUCACGUAGUACUACUGUUACGAUACAAUUUAAUUUGUAUAGUAUUUUAUUCGUUUAAGAUUUAACUUGCUGAAGUACGUGCUCCUUAACUAUUACUUUUAGCCACAUUUAUAAGGUUUUAUAACACGUUUAGUAUUUUUGUAAUAAUUAUGAAUACGUAAGCUGUUAGUUUUAUUGCAUGCAUAUUUUUUUUUAUAUUAAUCAUUAGUAAACGUAGAUUUUGCGUGCUUUAUAAUAGCCAUGUAUACAAAUAAUUCUGUAUGGAUUUGAUAGAAUCUACUCCACCAUAAAUACUGACUGUUCAUGUACUGCAGUAAAUACUGUCGUAUUUUUAUAUACUACGUUGUUCUAGUGCAAUAGAGACGAAAUUGUGCAAUAAUCUUUGUGUGCUUAUAGGCAAAAUAUUCAAAAGGAAUUGUUCAUUAAUGUUAAAUUUCAAUUACAUAAUCAUCGUUUACAAUUUAUGUACAUAGUGCGUUAUUGCGGUCUGUGAAAAAAUAUAACAUUUACAUUGCAAUAUAUAGAUAGACUGACUAGAUACAGCUAACACGAGGUGAACUAAAGUAAUCGCUUACAAGCAUUAGUGUAACCUGACUGAUUUUCAUACUGUUUGAUGAAGUCUAAUGCAAAAUUGAAGACAGCAAUUUAACAUAUAGCAAAUUGUAAGGGCUUCGACGCUGUACAGAAUAACUAAUAAACUCGCUACUAAAAGUCCUCGCUGAAAUAAUCUUCCAGAUAAGACUGUAAAGUGUACAGACAUGAAAAAUAUUUAAAUUUGAAAAUUUUUAGAUUCACGCUUUAACAGCGCUUGAUUUGAUAUUUUUAUAAAGAAGUUAAGAAUUAUACCUAAAUUUUAUAUGAACACAAAAUUUACCUGAUUAAGCAAUACUAUAAUAAGUGAUAAUUUUCACCGUGUCUUGAAAUUAAUGAAAAAGUUAAACAAAUACUAAGUACCUAUAUUAAAUUUAUAUUUUAAUUAAGGUAGUUUUGUAGAUUGUAGUAUUUAUAUUAUAAAAGUUUUAUACAUUUUUGAGCAGUUUUCGGUUAUGUAAUUUUUACAUUUGUAAAUACCACAAAAUUAAUUUUGCGAUACUAUAAAAUUUGUGAUCGCAGAAGCUUGAGUCAUUUGUGGCUUUAUACAAUUAAUAUAUUCUUUUUGUGUAAUUAAGUUAUUUGUUCAUAAAUAUCAAUUGCAUUUGUAACUCAAAAGAUGAAAGGUAUUUGUAAGGAAAUGAGAAAUGCGGUGCAAUUGAAAUUUUGCAAGUCAUUGCUAACAAAUACAGUUUCAGUACCGCUAAUUCUCAGAAACCGACAUAAACUGUGUAUAUUAUUUUAUAUUUUAUGUGUCAGGUAUAACUAUGUAUAAGUGAUAAUUAAGUUUCGUUUAAUUAAAUAAUUGUGAAUUAGUUUUUUCAGUACAUUUGUAUAAUUGUAAUUUUCAUCCUGAAGACAGUAAUUUUGAAAACUGUUUAUUGUAUAAUAUAGUUAUUGGAAUUAUAAUUUAGUAAAGCACUCUUCAUAAAGACAAUGGCGACCCAGUUUUUAGAUUUGCUUGAUGUAAAUUAAAAUUGAUAAAUCAACCUCAAAAUUGUUGGUACAAGAAUGACUCAAUUUAUUAUACAUUCAGUAUAACGUCUGACUAAAGAACAUUAAAUUGUGAGUUCAUAUUUGAAGUGGUUGCAAUAGAUUUGUUGUAAUUGUUAGACAAGUAAUACCAAGAAAGUACAAGGUGACAGCAAUAAUUAUGUGUGAAAAAUUAAUACACCAUAUCACAUGUUUGUAAGGAAUCCAUUGAUUCAGAAUAACUGAUUAUUAUGUGUACAUAAUAUAAAAUUAUGUUCUUAUUGAUUGUUUAUGGAGUGGUUUUAAUUAAAUAGACAAGUGUU